AUGGUACAGGAUUACGAAGAAUUUUUUAAAGAAUGGUAUCACUUAAUAUUAAAUGAAAAGGACUUUAAUUUUCUUGCUUGUGCUCCAAAUAUUGAAUGGUAUUCUAUUUGUCGAUGUCAUCUAAUAGCAGACGAUGGUAGUACAGCACAUGAACAUCUUCACGCUUUAAUACAUUUUACUAAUGGAUUUACAAUGUUAGUCUACAAGAAAAUGCUACAGCGCACUGGUACACGACUCCAUUCAAAAACAACUUUUAAGAAAAUAAUUUGCUUGGACCAUGCUGUUGGUAUCCUCAGAUACAUUACCUGUGCUGAUGAACAAAAGCAGCUUAGAAGGGAUGGAGAUGGUCUUAGAGGUACACCUCAUUCUCAUUACGAUAGAAGAGUAUUCAAACAAAAUUGGUUGCAUUCCCGAGGAAAACAGUGUUGCUUAGUACGCACAGAAAUUUCAGAAUUAGCAUCUGAAGGUGUAGAAGACUUAGAAAAAUACACGUCUGAACACGAACUUCAUGAUAAAUCUACAUGUAGAAGUGAUAGAGGUGCCGAAGGAAUAAGGCGGAGCGAAGAAGCUAACGAGAAACGAAGACAAUUUUACAAAACAGAACGGGGAAUGGAAAUUAGGAAUAAUUACAAAGAAAAACAAAUUAAGAAAAAGAAACUAAUUACAAGUUUACUGAAAAUGGGCCUAAAUAAAAAAGCUGAGCUUCAAAGUGAGGCGAUUUUGAAACUCAUUGAUAGCGUUUUCGACUGGUCACACUCAGUUCAUACUCGUAAAGUGCGAGUUUUCGUUGAUCAGCAUUGGUUUAAUUUAGUGACGUCAUACAAACUUAAUUCAACCGAAAACGCAGUUGACCACCAGUGCGUUGUAUUAUAUUUGACAGUUGUCAUCUGA